GCCGGCGCCGGCGCCGGCGCCGCCUCCGUCACCACUCCCAACGUCAGCUCGGCGGCACCGCAUCCGUUCUUCCUUCUCGCCGGCGGCAGCACGCACGGAACGAUGGGCAGUACGGCGACUCGGGCCAUGCUGACGUCACCAUCGUUUACGGUUGAGUCGGUUAGGGGGGCGUUGGGCGGCGGGCUAAGGCGCGCGCCGCUGGUUUCGGGGCUGCAUGAGCGGUUGGCGGCAGCUCAAGCGUCGCGACUGGUGCAUGGCAGCGCUAUCGAGCACCAGGACGAGUUGGCGGCGAUUGAGGUGCUUGAAAAGAUCGGCGAAGGCGGUUACGGUGAGGUGUACCGCGGACAGUACGACGGAAUGGAAGUCGCGAUCAAGAUUGUGUACGAGCCCCACCACAAUACCCACACCACCAACACCAAUACCCACAACGAAAAUGCAAUGUUGACGGGAGCUCGAGGAGGAGGAGGAGGUGGUGGUGGACGUGUCGGUGGACAAGCAGGAGGUGGUGGAGGAGGGCCGCCUCGCACCGGUGCCACCCGGCCUAGCAGCACCCGAGAGGACGAGGCCGCUGCUCGGACCCUCGCCUCCGGUCGCAACCUGCACGACGCCUUCGAGCUAACCGUCAGCGUCAGCGUGUGCCACCCGCACAUCGUGCAGGUGCUCACCUUCUUCACAGACGUCUACGUCCACGUGGACGGCCCCACCACCACCUCCCUUGACGAACCGCAACCCGCCCUCCCCCAGCAGCCCGGCAUGGCUGCUGCUGCUGCUCCUUUUGUUGGCAAAUGCCGGGCCGCCGGCUCCUUUCUGCCUUCUCCUCCCAAACAACCCCAGCAACCCCACGAUGCGCAGCAUCCGCAGCUGCAGCUGGUGUGGGAUUUGGCGCAGCCUGAGUCUCCCAUGGCCCGGCCGGGACUCCUCGGGGUGGCAGCUGCAUCGCCCUCGCCCUCGCCGCCGCCUGCUGCCAACACCCCCCUGAUCCGGGCGUCGAGGCCAGGAAAUAGAGGUGGAAGUGGAGGCGGUCGCGGCAGUAACAGGGGACGCGGCAGUGUGGGUACGGCAGGGCCAUCACGAGUGACGCUGCUGCCGUACCCCAAUCCCAACACUCACAGCAACCUGACGUCAUGCCAGCUGCUAACACUGGAUGUGACCACGGCCCCAUUCGCGGAGUACGCAGCUCUGCAGGCCGCCAUGGCCUCAAACGGCUCCACGGCUCAACAGACGCUGGCGGCGUCACCGCCGGCAAUGGUCAUCUGCAUGGAGUACUGCGACGCCGGCUCCCUCACUGACGCCAUCAGCCGAGGUGCCUUCAGGCAGCCCACGCUAGGACUGUACGGCAGCUCGCAACCCAACAUGAAGGCCAUCUUCUCCACGCUGCUGGAGGUGGCCCUAGCGCUGCGGCACCUGCACUCCCUGCGCCUGGUUCACUGCGACCUCAAGCCAUCCAACGUGCUGCUGCGCUCAUGCCCUCGGGACCCUAGAGGUUUCACCGCCAAGCUGAGCGACUUUGGGCUUGUACGGCUGAUGGAACCGUGCGGGGAGGGCGGCAGGCUGGCGGUGCCGGGAGGUGUCCAGCACGGCACAGUGACACACAUGGCACCGGAGGUGCUGUCAAACGACAAGUCCUUGCUCCACGACGCCUCCCUCGAUAUCUACGCUUUCGGCAUCAUCAUGUGGCAGCUGCUGUACGGCGGUCGGCUGUACCCCGGGGUGGACUGCAGGGACAUACCCACACGGGUGCUGCGGGAGGGGAUGCGGCCGCGGUUCACCUCCGCUGUGUCCUUCGAAUACCGGACCCUCGCCGAGUCAUGUUGGGACGCCAGUCCCGCCGCUCGUCCAACCGCUACCGAACUGGUUUCGGCGCUCAAGCGACUCAUGGGCCUUACGCCGCAGCGACUGCUAGGCCACCGUCGCCACAGCGCCCUGGCACCGCAUUGCCCGCCCAUGGCGGGGGCGGCUGCGGGCGGCGGCAGGCCGGUGUUUGGAACUGUUGGCGGGGCCGUGGCUGGAGUUGGAGGAGCGGGAGGAGCCUCAGCAGCAGCAGCAGGUUGUGCUGAUGGUGUUUGUGGCAUUGCUGCUGCUGGUGCUGAUGUUGCUGUCGCCGGUGGGUUGCGGGGAGAGCACAAGGGUGCUGCUGCUGGGGUUGGGAUUGGGGUUGCAGUUGGAAUUGGAGCGGGGCGGUUGGGCCCGGGUGGCUUUCUGAAGCGCAACAUGACGUACGGACCGACUCGUACGACCGGCCGGGAUGAGGCGGCGGCGGAGGGGGCCGGUGGCGGGCAUGGCAGAGGGGCGGAGAGUGAGUGGGAGCGAGCGGCGGCUGUGGCGGCUGCGGAGGCGGCAGCGGUGCUGAAGGCGGCGGGCUUGGCUGAUGUUGUAGAUGGCCUGCCUUCCUUCGUGACAGAAGGGGCAGCAGCAGUGGGAGGGACAGAAGCAACAGCAGGCGGAGGAGGAGUAGGGUUUUGGG